GCAUCUAGAUUGCAGCCAAGGGAGGGUCUCCAAGUCCAGCACUCUCUAUCAGUCCACGCGCCGCAUCACAGCUGGCCAGCACGCCAUUUUGAGAGGGACGACGGCGCCAACAGCUCAAAUGAGCAGGGUACAUACUUGGUAACGAUUCGGAGCCCGUGCCGAGCCUUGCGUGAAUGAUGACGGGAGUUUUGUUUCGCCCACCCCCUUGCGCCCCUCGAAGAUGCCUUUGGCAUAUGAACAGCAAAAAGAGCCCCUGAAAAAGGGCAAGUCCAUCAAGUCGGCCUUUGAGAGCGAGAGCUACGAUGCCGACUGGACGAUCCACGUCGAAGGCCUGGUGGGUUCGGCCACCAUCUCGCCGUCGGGUCGAGACGUCGCCCUCGCAUCACCCGAGGGGCUGGCCAUCAUCGACCUAGACUCUCCCUACAGCCCGCCGCGACGGCUCAGCAGCCGUGGGCUGCCGUGGCUGGUGGUGGACGUACAGUGGUCGCCCUUUGCCGCACGCGACUACUGGGUCGCGUCAACGGCCAACCACCGCUGUCUGGUCUGGAACCUGAACUUUCGGGAUGACUCGGCCUCGGGACCCAUCGAGCACUCGCUGCAGGGCCACAGCAGGGCCAUUACCGACAUCAACUUCUCGGCUCAUCACCCGGAUCUGCUGGCCACGUGCGCCGUCGACGGCUAUGUCCACAACUGGGAUCUGCGCCGCCCCCGACAGCCGGCUCUCAGCUUUUGUGACUGGACCGCUGGCGCCACACAGGUUAAAUACAGUCGCCAGGACCCUUUCACCCUGGCCUCGUCUCACGACCGUCUCUUGCAUAUAUGGGACAACAGGAAACCCACGGAGCCCGUCAAGACUCUCACGGCCCACUCUUCCAAGAUCUACGGCUUGGAUUGGAACCGCACACGGCCAACUGCGCUCGUCACCUGCUCGCUGGAUAAGAGCAUCAAAUUUUGGGACUACAGUCGCGAUGGGGAGGAGCUCGAGCGUGUCAUACGUACUGGCUUCCCCGUCUGGCGCGCCCGCCAUACCCCCUUCGGCUGGGGCGUGCUCGCCAUGCCCCAGAACGAGCCAGGUCAUCUGCAUCUCUAUGAUGGCCGCUGCGACGGGGACGUGCCGCAUGACGACCGCGCCGUGCCUGUCGCCAUAUUCGACGCCCACGGGAGCCACAAGGCCAAAGAGUUCCUCUGGAGGGGUCGUGGUGGCGUCGACGAUGCUGGCCUCGACAGUCGCGACUUUCAGCUAGUGUCCUGGGGCGAGGACAAGGAGCUUCGGCUGCAGAGGGUCGAAGAUGACGUGUUGGCGUCUGUCGGCUACCGCAAGGGCCAGCCCGCACCGAGCGGGCUCAUAAUCACGCGCAAGGGUGCGACGUACAAAACGUUUCGGACGGUAGACGACGGCGUGCACCGUGAGAGGCGGAGCGCGACCAUGUCGGACCCUCGACCGAGCAGCAGCAACCUGGUCCGCCGCAGCGCCCUCACUACCGGUAUCCGUACGCCCUACUACAAGACAGUCACGAAGUGGCGGCCGCCAUCCAUGAAGGCCAAGACGACAUCCAAGGAUGCGGACAGGGGACUUGCGCAGAUUGGAUGGAUGAGGGGCGUGACGAUGAACAAGCGCAAGGCCCCUUUCGAACCACCCAAAAGGGAGGGGUCCUUGACCAAGGAUGGCUCCAUUUUCGAGUCGGACUAUCAAGACAGCGAAUGGGCCGAGCCUGAAACGAUACAGGACGAGUUUGUCCGUAUCAGCAGCCAGCUUCCCAACGUGAAAUGGGGGGAUAUUGACAUGGAUAGGCUCGUGAUAAAUGCGAGCCUCAAGGGCCCAUGGGGCGUGGGUGGGGAGAGCAUAUUCAUCAAGGUCAAUGUCGACAUUCCGAGCGCCUACCCCAAGACCAAGCCGCCAAAAUUUCUCAUCGAAAAGAGCUCUUUCAUGGCCGAUGAAACGCAUGCGAAACUGGAACGGGAAGUACAGGAGCUGGCGAGCCGGCUCGUUCAGUGCAAGAAGAACUGCCUAGACGCGGCAUUCUCAUAUCUUCUGGGCGAGGUUGAUCUCGAGACGAGCACGACCUUGUUUAGAAACGUCCGGGAUCUGGAUGAUGAUAUUAGCGGCAUCGCCGACGAGAGUUCCAGUGAUGAUGACGACGAUGGUGAGAUCCCGCCCGGGGGGUCGGCCUCCAUGUCCCAGGAGCUACCAGAGGUGACAGCAGGGGGUGCCGAAAUCCCGACGGUUCUCGGCGGUGGGUUCCGUCAAACGGUGAUCCCGGUAAAGCGCACUUGUGGUGCCCGCUUCUCCAAUGACGGCAAGCUCGCCUGCUUCUUUCCAUCCAAGGAGGAGAAGGCCAAGCUGCUCUUCGUGUCGGCCGAGUCGGCCAAAGAGAAAACCAAAGGCGAGCCACGGUUCGCAGGCUUUGGGCGUCUGGCCCAUGACUCCCCGCCACCUCGGCAGCGGCACCGUGACGAGGAGGCUUCGGCAACAGAGGACGCAUCUGGAGGCUCGGGCGACUCGGACGGCUCGUCGUCUUCAUCCUCGACCGACUCGGAGAUAGAGACGGCGAACCGAAUCAGUUUCUGGUAUAGGCCGGGCCGCAAAUUUAGGAAAACUUGGAGCACCAACGACGGGUCCGUUCGCUCCAGCGGCGGGGGCACCGGGACGGGGACAUGCACGGGAACGGGGCUCGGCAUCGGAAGGAGGCGUGGGGUCAGGUCCAAGAACAUAGUCUCGGUUCGCGACAUGCGGAAUUUGCUCCCGUCCAAGCGCGAGUUUGCCCAGGAGUAUGCGAUAUUUGGCAACGGAACCGAGGUGUGCGAACACAACGCGCGGGUUGCUGAGAAGUACGGCUAUCACGACCUCGUCGACAUCUGGCGGUACUCGGCCCUGCUACUACGUUCGGAUAUACCACUGCGGCUUGCCGAGCAGGCCCCUAGGCGCAGGUCGGUUCUCGUCAUCGCACGCGACGCUGUCUCGAGGUUCCAUCAGAGCGCGACAACCGACGACGGCGGCUUCCUUGGGACAGUCAAGUGGGGCCGCCACCCGCUUGCCCACGACUUCAUCACAGAUCUAUUUGACUAUUUCGAGCGGCUCGCCGACAUCCAGAUGCUGGCUAUGCUUUCGUGCAUCUUUGGCGCGUCGUCGGCCGAGGAUAGCGUGGCGUACGCAGAGUCGCAUCUCACGCAGCCGCAGACGCCCCUGCCCAUGAAGGCACCCUCCUUUUCGCUCGAGUACUUUCCUACCAACCCAGAGCUCUGGCAGAACUGGCAAAAAAACAAAAGCCAAGCGAGCUCUGCCAUCACCACACCGCGCACUUCCCACACCCCCAACGUCUACUCCAGCUCGGUGAACUCGGAAGAGGCGGGCGUCUGGACGGGUGACGCAGAGUCAAACUCGCAUUCCUGCGGCGAGCCGUCGCCUUUGCACCUGAGGUCUGGCCGCGAGCAUCCAGGCGAGACUGACCAGACGCAGAGCCUGUCAACAUCUCCCAGCAGCCGCGCCUUCCGGCGAGCCAACUCGGCCGUGGCGUCGGCGCUGGCCGCCAGCCUGCCCCGAACGCUCCAGGGGAUGGUGUCUUCGUCGCCCCCUGAGCCGCCACCAGCCACACGCAAGCGACCCAGCCCGGCAGAGGCCAUUUUUGGGGGUUUCGGACCGGCCGUGACCUGGGGCGCAUCGACCGUGUUUGGCGCAUCGUCUACGGACGUCACUGCACCCCCGUCUACGCGCGCGCCAUCUAUAGUGGAGGAACGGCGCAGCAAGGACGAAGCGGUCAUGGCGACGCUUAUAGCCGUGGACGUGUCUGUUAAGCUGUGCAACGAGCGACAGUUUGACGAUGACGGUUGGAUGAUGGCGCCCUUCCUCGAGCCAGACCGCAGCACACUUUACGCGAGCUACCGAUAUGCAUACGCCGAGAUGCUCCAGAUCUGGGGUCAGCCGCUGGCCCGACUGGAGAUAAUGAAGUUCAACGUACUGAACGGGGAUGGCGCUGGGCUGGAGAAUUCGGGUCUGUUUAGCCUCGACGACAACAACUCGGACGGCGGCGGCGGCAGCUUCCAUGAAAACAUUCAUAUAACGCGCAAAGGUGCAACGGGGAGCACGGGCACUUCGUCACCCACCUUGCUGGUGGGCAAACGGGAAUACCUCGAGGCAGUUUUGACGUCUGGGCGAGGACUCGACGUGACGGGUAUAUGCAGGAUACACGAAACGAACCUGGAGUCGCUUCAGAGCACGGGACGGCCUCUGCCCCGGCACUUCGGCUCGACGCUGGGGGCUACGGCCCCCAGCAGCCAUGCCUCGUCCUCGGCAACACCCGUCGGGCCGAGUGGCGCCUCGGUCAGCGCGGGUGGCGGAACGAUGCGAGACGGUGGGGGCCCUGCUGCAAUGACCACCAUAGGCGGUGCGGUGGGGACGUGUGAUCGGUGCCACACUCUGCAGGCGCAGCUUCGGUGCGUGUUCUGUGCCGAGCCCGUGGCGGCGCUGUACCCGGCCUGCCUGGGAUGCGGCUGCCCGAGCCACGAGAGCUGCCUUGGCGAGUGGCACGCGGCGGGCGAGCGCAUGUGCCCGGCCGGCGACGAGUGCGACUGCGCGGCCGAGGCUUCGCGCGGCACCGUCGAGAGCUGGACUGCUAUCCAGUCGGCACUCGCGGCUGCGCGCGCCGUCUCGGCCUCGUACCACCACAACCAACACCUGGCCGCGGGCGAGGGCGGCGGCGCGGGCCGGGCGACGAAGCGGGGCGCAGGGGGCGGGAGGGUCGUGCGGAUAAACACGGGCGCGCCCGAGGCGAGGGUCAAGGUGCACGGCCCCCCGCCGGCGUCCCCCAACGUAGCGCGGCCCAGGCGGCGGUCGACACCGGGCCACAUCCCCUUCGGCGGCUCCGGCGGUGGCGGCGGCGGCGGCGGGGGCAGCUGGGCCAGGACCGAGGGGCGAAAGCGCUGUGGUAGCCGACGUCGGCGGUGGCGGCGGCGCUCGGCGGGCCCGGCGUUCGGGCCGCACCCGCAGCCGUCGGCGCCGUCGUCGGGCCCGCCGGGUGCGCGCAUGUCGCUGGACGGCGGGCCCGGAAGCCUCUCCCCGACGGCCGACGGCGGUGGGCCGUCGAGGCUGCUGGGCCACCCGUCGGUGGCGGCGGCGCACCUGAGCCGACUCAAGAGGCAGGUUGGGGACCUGGGCCGCCCGUCGAUCCUGAGGCAGCGGUCCGGGGUGGUGCCGCCCAAGAAGGGGGCGUGA